AUGAUAGAAUUACCUCCGAUUUAUACUUCUGAAAAGGAAGGAAGUGAUGAAAAUGGCGAUGGCAGCCAAGCCAAACCAUUUCAGACAUUAUUGCAAGCCUAUAGGAGUUAUGGAAAAGAACCUUUUCCAGUCAUUUAUGUUGACAGUAAGGAAGAGGGCCAGCGGUGGGCAUCGGUUUCCUUGAGUCAAUCGAAAAAAGUCUUAAAAAUCUGGUAUCGAGAGUGUCGAAAAAGCCAGGAAAUCGAAAAACGUGAGGCAGAAGACGCUGCUCGACGUGAAAAAAAUUUAGAAGAAGCCAAGAAAAUUGUAAUUGAAGCUGAUGAAUCUUUGCCUAAACCCAUUCAGAUCAAAUUACGCGACGCAACUAGCCAUAGGCAAAAGAGAGUUAAAAUUUAUGGCUGGGUCCAUAGGCUUAGAAGACAAGGAAAGAACUUAAUAUUUGUCUUAUUAAGAGAUGGAACAGGUUACAUUCAAUGCGUUUUUAAUGACAAACUGUGCCAUACUUAUGAUGCGCUUACCCUAACUACCGAGUACUCAAUUGCUGUUUAUGGUAUAAUUGAACCACUACCAGAGGGCAAGACGGCACCUGGAGGUCAUGAGCUAAUUGUCGAUUUCUGGGAGGUUGUUGGUUCUGCGCCACCUGGUGGACAUGACAGUCUAGUUAACGAAGAUUCUAAUGUCGAUGUCCAGCUAGAUUACCGACAUAUGAUGCUAAGAGGUGAUACGCUAUCCAAAAUAAUGAAGAUUAGAUCUAUAACUGAAAAAGCCUUCAAUGACCACUUUUAUGACCGAGGGUAUUUUAAGCUUACACCACCAACAUUGGUUCAAACGCAAGUCGAAGGGGGUGCAACUCUAUUUAAAUUAGACUAUUUCGGUGAACAAGCCUUCCUAACACAAUCAUCUCAAUUAUAUUUGGAAACCGUCCUACCAUCAAUGGGCGAUGUUUAUUGUAUUGCCCAGUCGUAUAGAGCAGAGCAAUCUCGUACAAGAAGACAUCUAGCUGAAUAUACUCAUAUUGAAGCUGAAUGCCCAUUUGUAACGUUCGAAGACAUGUUGGACAAGAUCGAAGAUUUGGUCGUUGAUGUUGCUGAGAGAAUCAUGCAGUCACCACUUCGUGAAAUGUUGUUGGAAAUGAACCCUGACUUCAAAGUUCCUCAAAAACCUUUCAGGCGGAUGGAUUACGGUGAGGCGAUUGUUUAUUUAAAAGAACAUAACAUCACGAAAGACGAUGGAACUUUCUAUGAAUAUGGAGAAGAUAUUCCCGAAGCUCCAGAACGAAAAAUGACUGAUCAAAUCAAUGAGCCAAUUAUGCUUUGCCGAUUUCCUGCGGAGAUAAAAUCCUUCUACAUGCCACGAUGUCCUGAAAAUAGACGUGUUACGCAAUCCGUGGACUUACUAAUGCCAAAUGUCGGUGAAAUUGUUGGUGGAUCUAUGAGAACUCACGUCUUGGAGGAUUUAAUGGAAGGGUAUAAACGAUCGGGAAUUGAUCCAACACCAUAUUACUGGUAUCUUGACCAACGAAAAUACGGUACCUGUCCCCACGGUGGCUACGGCUUGGGAAUGGAACGUUAUUUAACUUGGCUUUUGAACAGGCCACACAUUAGAGAUGUUACGUUUUACCCUCGCUUUAUUGAGCGCUGCAAGCCAUAAUCAUUGAUUUUAGCUUAUGAUACUGGCAAUGGUCUUUU